CAGAGCAGGCUGAUGACAGCCCCUGGCUCUGCAAUGGUGACGAAAGCUGCUGAGCUCCUCAGUUGCCACAGCAACCAGGGAGAGCAGCCAGACAAAAAAAAAAAAAGAGCGAGGCAAAGGGGAGGGGCUUUAAKGGGAGAAAUAGAGGAGAAAAGGCUGGAUGGGAAAGAUAGGCAGAGGGAGGAAUACAAGCAACUGAUAAAGAAAACCCACCGUGAGCAGCAGAGAGGGGCUACAAGCGGAGAUAAAGCUCUGGAUAUUAUUGCUCCAUCCACGAGACUGGCUCUAACAGCUGCAGCAAGCCACUGAAGGAUACAGGAAAAAAGCUGGAAUCAAAGAGACGAUGGAUGUACAGACAGAAAACACGGACCCCCCACCUAAUGAAUCACAGCCAAGCGGAAAAAUCAGAAAGGGAUUCAAGCUGUUUGGCAAACGCAAGCCAGGUAACAUCUUUUCUAUCCGAAGCAAAGGGGACGGAAACAACAAGUCACCUGUUAUAAGCAGCAAAGCACUGGAUGGAUUAUCAGAGACCCACGCAUCGAAUUCUGAGACGGAGAAGGAAAACGGACCGGAGGCGGGACAAGGAGAAAAGGAACAGGCAGAGGACGAGACGCUCGCUGAAGAUGGCGUUCUGGCGUCCGCCCCAGCUCGCACCUCCAUCUCUUCAUCCAGCUCAGCCAAGUCCCUCGGCUUCCUGUCACUGCUCCGAGGAGGCCGAAGGGGAGUGGGGGACCGCCGAGCCCAGACCGUGUCCCAGUCGACGGGUCGGCAGCGUCGUGGGCUGAAGGGCCUCUUUGGCAGCGUCAGGCUCCGAUCGAAAGACAAAGAGGACAAGGAGGAAGCCCCUCCGAGCCCACUUCUGAUGUCGUCCCGAAGCAACAGUGUGGAAAUCAUCAAAGAGGACCUGACCCUCACACCCAAAUGCCACACUCGCUCUCUGAACAGCCCUGAAAUAGAGAGCAGUGACCCGGUCCAGAACUCCACCAACAACAACAGUGAGGAGACAUCUCCAUCCGAGUCCUCAGCUCCUCAGGAGACAACGGUGAGUAGAACAAAAGAGCAACCAGCACCUUCACRCACCUCUGACCCUCCUCUGGUCCCCGGCGAUACCAGCCUGAGCUCCUUGCUGGCAGACAUCUCUUCUCUCCUGACCUUUGACUCGAUCUCAGGAGGGGACAUCAUGGCUGACGUGGAAGCAGAGUGGGGCAAAGCGAGCAGCGGGCUCACGUCUGCUUUUACUCCAUCGUCCUUCUUCUCUAAACCCACCGUCUCAUCUCCGACGACAACUUCCACGACCGUCAGCGUGGCUGCGGCAGAGAAACCCUCCUCUUGGCCCYUCUCCUCCUCUGUCUCCACCUUCACCACAUUCAACAAACCUUCCACUUUGACUUCUCACUCAGUCAAACUGAGCUCUGGCUUGGACUCUUCUUCCAGCAUCCAAGAUGCAACGAAGCCUUCGACGACACCUGCAGCAUCAACAACCGCUUCAUCGGCUCCGUUCACAUCUUUUACUUCAAAGACAGUCCACUCCACUGCAAGCAACAGUUCUUUCACCACAGUACCUGCCAUGAACACACCAUCCACGAUGAACAAGGCUCCUUUAAUUUGUUCCAGCAAACUGACUCCACCUCCCCAAAAUACUGCCUCCGUAAGUAAAUCUGUUUCAGCUGCUGUGUCUGCCAAACCUUCACCUGUAACCCAGAGUGUUCCCAUGGUCUUUACCCAGCCUCCACCUUUUAAAUCAGAUACAGUUUGCAAUUCAAGCCUAGAAAAGUCAACUUUGGGGAAAACCUCCCAAAUCUCAGCUGCAGGAGAACCUCCAGCCACGGGGUCAGUCGCAUCAUGUGUGGUUACAACUAAGCCCUCAUCCUCAGCAUCAGUUAAUCUGUCAAACAUUACAACUGUUUCCUCAGCAGCUACAACCUCWGCCUUUGUAUCCACAGAUGUUUACAAGCCUUCCCUCACCUCGACCCCUUUGGACUUGAGUAAAACCCCUCCCUCAUUUGUAACAAAUUCAGCUCCUUCUUCAACCCUUACAGCCACUAAAACCCAACCCGGCUCCUCAUCUGUUCCAGCUCCACCUUUAGCUUCUUUAGAUAAAAUUCCUGCCACAACUAAACCCACCACAGCACCAGUGUAUUCAGAUAAGAUGCCCCCUCCUUAUGCAGCAGCUCCUUCUGCGAUCACUCACGCUGUUUCUCCAGUACCACACACAACUGCUCUGAGUCAGAUUCAGAUUUCUGCCUCUGGAGUUUCUCCUGCUCCUGCUCAAAUGCAGAUUUCUGUACCGAAGGAACUUCCUGCCUCAGCUCAAGUGGAAGUUUCUCAAUCYAAACCUGCUGAAGUCCCAGUUUUUCUAUCUAAAGAUCCAUCUGCUCCCAUGAAAAUGCAGGUUUAUUCAUCUAAAGCCCCACCUUCUCCCACCGAGGUUCCAAUUUCUGUGUCUAACCCCCCUGCUGCCUCUGCUCAGAUUCCAAUUUCUCAGCCUAAAACCCACCCUGCACCUCCCUCUGCCUCUUGCCAGGCAGCUUCUCCUCCUACGCCUUGGCCGAGUGAGACUCCGGCCAUGACUAAGAUGAAGGGGACAGGACACGCUUCAGUGGAUCAUCAGUCGACCAGUCCAGAUGGCACAGGUGGACAGGGAAACCAAGCUGUGCUUUCCAAAACAAAAGAACUUCAAAAUGAGCCACAAGCAAGCCUCCAGGGGCCUCCCAAAGAAAAGAAGCCAGCCCAAUUAAAAGCAUCGGGGCUUAGUAAAAUACCUGUAGUUGGAGGGGGAAGAAUGGGGAAGCCACCGGUCCGGGAAAGCCAACAUGGCAAUGAUGAAUCSAACAGGGAUCCGCCUACGCCUGUGCAAGAAGAGAGGCCCAGUUUCAACUCACAUGAUGCGGGAAGAAAAGAUAAAAUUAGCCCAACCGAAGCAAAUGCACCCACCUCAAAACCUACUCAGGAGGAGAGUCAGCAGCUUCCAAAAAGUCUCACGAGUUCAGGACGGGACUCAAAGAUCCCUGUGAAACACGGCGCUCAGCCUCAGACCUCUCAGACUAAAGAAACCCCUCGGACAAAGAUCCCCGUGUCCAAAGUUCCUGUCCGUAGGGCCGGGAACAAACCAGCCGCUACAGGUGGCACCAACCAGACGAGAAAAUAAAACAGAACAAUGGACUGAAGUUGUUUCAUCUUUGGUUUUUUUUACACCACCUUUUUAAGAUUCACAUUUCUCUGCUGUAAUUCCAUCAUCUCUUGGUUUUUACCACACAACGAGCAAGGAGCAAAGGAGCCUGACAGCACUCGAGCACAAAAGAUCUCCAGGGGAAGCCAGAGUGACAGCCUGGCUCUGUGGUGCUGAGCCAAGCGGACAUGAACUCAGAACAGGUUCGAAGGUCGGCCCCUUCACAGCGUCAACGAGAGAGGACGAGCGAGAUCAAAGGGUGGUGGUAAUACGCAAUCACGCAUACGUUCAAACAAAACAAGGGGAGUGCCUUCUCAGAGGUGCUUUUCCUACAGACUUGCAAAKUUUUCUACAGUAACUUUUAACUUUUGUUACCUUUUGCUUUUUUGUAUAGGGACCUUUCAGUCUUUUUGUUCGUCCUUUCUAAACCCCUUAACCUUUUAUUUAUGCCAGGAGAUGAACCUGUCAAUGCAUCAACCAAAUUCCACACCUGUCGAUGGAUCUAUGUAGCAGAAAAAAAACGUGCCAUUAAUUGUUUUUGCACAAGAUAUUAAGCUGUACAGCGCCUGCUCACAUGUAACAUUAUUACAUCUCACUGUGAACUGUUCAUCGAARGGAAGAGGUAAAAGGGGAARGGUAAAUGGACUGAGGUCAUCAUGAAAAGCGCUGUGGACAUUUGUGAGAUGAGAUGUCCAGCUCGCACACUGGCACAUUUAUCCUAAUAUCAAUCAUACUCAGAUGAGAGCAAAACCUCAGUGUAGAGAUCCAUCCGUGUUGUUCUGUUUCUAAUGUAAUCAAUAAAACAUCAGUAAUUAGAAA